UCCCCCUCGCAUCCCCCCCCGACCCAGCCGCCCAGCGGCCAGCGCGCCCCAGCCCCCUGGAGGCGCCGCGCGCGUCGCAUCGUCCUCGUCCCCGCUGCUCGCGCCCCCCGCCGGCCGCCGCCUAGCCCCGCGCGGCCGCGCCCCAGCCGCCACCAACGCAAGCAGGCAUCAGCCGGCCAGCCGCUGCCCGCCGACCCUAACCCUAGGCGCCACGCCGUCGUAACGACCCAACGCGAUCCCCGGUGGUCGUCUUCCCACACCAGCACGCGCACGCGCAGCUCUCACCCCUCCCCUCCCGUCUCCGGCGCGGCCGACCUAGGGGAGUCAGGGUUCCGGCAAGAUGGGUGAGCGUAAAGUGCUGAACAAGUACUACCCGCCGGACUUCGACCCGUCGAAGAUCCCGCGGCGGCGGCAGCCCAAGAACCAGCAGAUCAAGGUGCGCAUGAUGCUCCCCAUGAGCAUCCAAUGCGCCACCUGCGGGACAUACAUCUACAAGGGCACCAAGUUCAACUCCAGAAAGGAGGAUGUCGUCGGAGAGACAUACUUGGGAAUACAAAUAUUUAGGUUUUACUUCAAGUGCACUAAGUGUUCUGCUGAGAUCACUUUCAAAACAGACCCUCAGAAUUCUGACUACACAGUGGAAUCAGGGGCUAGUCGAAAUUUUGAACCUUGGCGUGAACAGGAUGAGGCAGAAGACAAAGAAAAGAGGAAGCGAGAUGCUGAAGAGAUGGGUGAUGCAAUGAAAGCUCUGGAGAAUAGAGCAAUGGACUCAAAGCAGGAUAUGGACAUACUUGCUGCAUUAGAAGAGAUGCGCUCCAUGAAGUCUAGACAUGCUGGCGUCUCUGUUGACCAGAUGCUUGAAAUUUUGAAGCGUUCAGCUCAUGAGAAGGAGGAAAAAGCAAUUGCAGAGCUUGAUGAAGAAGAUGAAGAACUUAUCAAGUCAAUCACUUUUCGAAACUCUGGAUUUUAUGUAAAGCGGAUAGAAGAUGAUGAUGAUGAUGAUGACGAUGACAAUUUGGUCCCAGGCCAAUCGAGCAUAACAACAAAGAUCAACGGAUCUUCUGAAUCAGUGACAAAGCCAACAGAUGUUUUAAGCAAAUCUAAUGGAUCGGAGGGUGCCAAUAAAGAAGGGAGCAAGAGCUGGAUGCCCAAACUUAUAGUGAAACCAAAGUCUAUCAGUGCACAUCCUAAGAGACAGAAGACUGAAUCCUCGGCUGUCCAAGACAACGGCAAAGCACCAGUAGCAGAACAAAAGAGUGAACCUGCAAUACAAACCAAUGUUCUCCAGUCCCUCUGCCAGAACUACGAUAGCGGUGAUAGUGAGUGAGGACAACCUCUCUUGAAGCCAUGAUAGUACUGGUUGUCACGAUAAUUGACAUGUAGUUCACAAAAGCAUUAUGCUAUCAUUGUAUAGCUUAUGUAAGCCUCACAAAUCUCUGGCAGUCAACAGCUCAACUGCGAGUAUUGGCUGCUACAAAUCUGGACUGUGUCCAGAACUCCAGAUAGGGUUGUGUUGUUUUUGGAUAUCUGAAACAUUACAGUAUUUGUAAAAUUGAUGGUUGCAAAAAAGUUCAAAAUUAACUCAGGGGUUCAUAGCCAA